UGUCAUUUUCAAUCAUACCUCAUUGGUUAGAAUUUUUUUAUUUUUAUUUUUAUUUUAUUUUAUUUUUGAAAUGGAAUUUCGCUUUUGUUGCCCAGACUGGAGUGCAAUGGCAUGAUCUCGGCUCCGGGUUCAAGUGAUUCUCCUCCCUCAGCCUCCCAAGUAGCUGGGAUUACAGGCAUGCACUGCCAUGCCCAGCUAAUUUUCGUAUUUUUAGUGGAAAUGGGGUUUCGCCAUGUUGGCCAGGCUGGUCUCAAACUCCUGACUUCAGGUGAUCCACCUGCCUCAGCAUCCCAAAGUGCUGGGGUUACAGGCAUAAGCUACCAUGCCCAGCCUUGGUUAGAAUUAUUCACAGGGUCAGGUAUGACUACCACAACCUUCAAUGAGGAGAUUGCAGAAUUCUUCUCUGAAAUUCCUGGCUUCAAACAAUCCUCCUAUUGGCUUCCCAAAGUGCUGGUAUUAUGGGUGUAAGCCACUGCACCCAACCAGUAUAUCUUUUAAAAGAAACAUUCAGGGAACAAAAAGGAGCUCUCAGAAAUUAAGAAAGCAAGAAGUAAAACAAGAAAAGGGAAGAAAAAAUUGCUGAAAUCUUGCAGAGAUCACAGAAAAUGGAGAACAUUAGAAGGUCACACAAAAAGAUCCCACAUCUAAAUAAUAAGCAUUUCAGAAAAAUAAAACUGACAAAACACAGGAAAAAAAACUGUAGAUGAAAUAAUAAGAGAAAAAAUUUCAGAACUUACAGGUGUGACAAUUUUGCACUCCAGCCUGGGUGACAGAGUGAGACUCUGUCAAAAAAACAAAACAAAACAAAACAAAACAAUUGACCAUAGAUGUAUGGGUUAUUUCCAGACUCUCAAUUCUGUUCCACUAAUCUAUAUGCCUAUCUUCCUAGCAAUACCAAACUUUUUGAUUAUUGUUGCUUUGUAGUAAAUUCUGAAGUCACCAAGUGUGAGUCUUCCAACUAUGCUCAUUUUUCAAGAUUGGCUGUUGGGUGCAAUACCAUGUGAAUUUUAGGUUUGAAUUUUCCAGGUCUGCAAACAAGGACAUUGGGAUUUUCAUAGAGAUUACAUCAAGUCUAUAGAUCACUUUGGAGUAGUAUUGCCAUCUUAACAAUAUUGAGUCUUCUAAUACAUAAACGUGUAUUUUUAGAGAUAUAUAGCAUGGCAUUUAAAGUAAUCUAUCAUGAUCUGUGUAACUUCCUUUAAAGUAUUUCAACAGACCACAAUAAGAUACUACUCUGAUUGUGCUAGAAUGGCUAUAAUGGAAAAGUAAACAACAGUGUCAAAAAGGAAUGUGGGUUCUGGUUUGUCUUCCUCUCCCUAACUUCAUGUCUAGCUUUUUUUUUUCCUUUGAGAUGGAGUCUCGCUCUGUUGCCAGGCUGGAGUGCAGUGGCACAAUCUCGACUCACUGCAACCAUUGCCUCCUGGGUUCAAGCGAUUCUCUUCCCUCAGUCUCCCAAGUAACUGGGACUACAGGCACCCACCACCAUGCCCAGCUAAUUUUUGUAUUUUUAUUAGAGACGGGGUUUCACCAUGUUGGCCAGGCUGGUCUCAAACUCCUGAUCUCAGAUGAUCCACCUGCCUCGGCCUCCCAAAGUGUUGGGAUUACAGGCAUGAGCCACUGCGCCCAGCCCACAGUUCAUUUUUGGUUUUGUUUUUUCCUCCCAAGAGUGUCUUGGGUACUUUGACUCCCUUUUAUUCCCCUAUCAGUUUUGGAAUCAGAUUGUCAAGUUCUACAAAAAAAAAAAAAAAAAAAAAAGCUGAGCUUUUCAUCGGGAUUACAUUUGAUAUAUGAAUCAAUACAAGAGUUGGCGCCUUCAAAUCUAGGCUCUUCCAAUCAAUGAACAGGUGUAUCUCUCCAUUUAUUUAGGUCUUCUUUACUGUCUCUCAACAAAAUUUUUUAAUAGUUUUUAUAGAGGUUCUGUAAGUCCUGUAUGAGAUGUUAUAUCUUACCAGGUACUCCCUGGGUACAAGAGGGAGAGUUGCUUUUCAGCCUUUUGAACUGUUUGAAGUUUUUUCUAACCACAUGCAUAUAUUUUUCAAAAUAAAAAUUAUUAAGAUUUUUGGCCCUUCUGUCUGGUGGCAGCAAUCAGGUAAGCCAAGAUGGGUGCAUACAAGUACAUCCACGAGCUGUGGAGGAAGCAGUCUGAUGUCAUGAGCUUUCUUCUGAGGGUCCGCUGCUGGCAGUACCGCCAGCUUUCUGCUCUCCACAGGGCUCCCCGCCCCACCCGGCCCGAUAAAGUGCACCAACUGGGCUACAAGAUCAAGCAAGUUUAUGUUAUAUACGGUAUUCGUAUUCUCCGUGAUGGCCGAAAAUGCUCAGUUCCUAAGGGUGCAACUUACGGCAAGCCUGUCCAUCAUGGUAUUAACUGAAGCCUACAGUUGAUUGCAGAGGAGUGAGUUGGACGCCACUGUGGGGCUCUAAGAGUCCUGAAUUCUUACUGGAUGGGUGAAGAUUUCACACACAGAUUUUUUGAGGUUAUCCUCAUUGAUCCAUUCCAUAAAGCUAUCGGAAGAAAUCCUGACACCCAGUGGAUCACCAAACCAGUCCACAAGCACAAGAAGAUGCGUGGGCUGGCAUGUGCAGGCCAAAAGAGCCAUGGCCUUGGAAAGGGCCGUAAGUUCCACCACACUAUUGGUGGUUCUUGCCGGGCAGCUUGGAGAAGGCGCAAUACUCUCAAUCUCCACUGUUACCACUAAUAUAAGUAAAGUUUGUAAAACUCAUACCUAAUAAACAAUUUAGGACAGUCAAAAAAAUUACUAAGAUUUUUGAGCCAGGUGCAGUGGCUCAAGCCUGUAAUCCCAGCACUUUGGGAGGCCAAGGCUGGCAGAUCACCGGAGGUCAGGAGUUCGAGACCAGCCUGGCCAACAUGGCGAAACCCUGUCUGUACUAAAAAUACAAAAAUUAGCUGGGUGUGGUGGUGCACAAGUGUUAUUCCAGCUACUCAGGAGGUGGAGGCAGGAGAACCGCUUGAACCCGGGAGGUAGAUGUUGAACUGAGCUGAGAUUGCGCCACUGCACUCCAGCCUGGGUGAUAGAGUCAGACUCCAUCACACAAAAAAAGAAAAAAAUUAUUAACAUUUUUGAAUCAGCAUUCUAUUAUCAUUGUUUAUACAUCAAAACUAUAAGUAGGCAUGCAGUGGAAAGUCUCUCUCCCACUCCUGGACCUAUUCACAAUAUUCCCAAUCCUUCCUUCUCAAUAGGUAAUGGCUAUAAAUUAAUAUCUUCUUUAUCCUUCCAGAAUUCUUCACGCACAUGUCCUUAAAUGUAUACUUUCUCUCGUCUCAAGAUAAAUGCCAUAGACUGUGUGUCUUUUUGCAGAAUCUCUUGCAAGACUCUGUGAACACAGUGAGAAAACAUGGACCCAGGAACUGUGUUCCUUACAUUCAGCUGGAGCUGAGUCUGCAAGUCCCAAUGCAUGCCAGUAAAGUUCUGCAGGCCAGGUGUGGUGGCCCAUGCCUGUAAUCCCACCACUUUGGGAGGUCAAGGUGGGCAGAUCAACUGAGGUCAGGAGUUCAAGACCAGCCUGGCCAAUAUGGUGAAACCAUGUCUCUACUAAAAAUACAAAAAAUUAGCCUGGCAUGGUGGCAUGCACCUGUAAUCCCAGCUACUCAGGAGGCUGAGGCAGGAGAAUCACUUGAACCCGGGAGGUGGAGGUUUCAGUGAGUCGAGAUUGUGCUAGCCUAGGCGACAGAGCAAGACUCCGUCUCAAAAAAAAAAAAAAAAAAAAAAAAAAGGAAAGCUCUGCAGAGUUCUCCAGGGUUACACUCUGUUCUCUGCACUACACCCCCAACUUUUUUUUUUUUUUUUUUUGAGACGGAGUUUCACUCUUGUUGCCCAGGCUGGAAUGCAAUGGUGUGAUCUCGGCUCACCGCAACCUCCACCUCCCAGGUUCAAGCAAUUCUCCUGCCUCAGCCUCCCGAGUAGCUGGGAUUACAGGUGUGUGCCACCAUGCCUGGUUAAUUUUGUGUUUUUUAGUACAGACAGGGCUUCACCAUGUUGGCCAGGCUGGUCUCAAACUCCUGACCUCGUGAUCUGCACGCCUGGCCUCCCAAAGUGCUGAGAUUACAAGUGUGAGCCACUGCACCCGGCCUGCAUUGCCCUUUUUAAUUUUUGAUCACCAUUUAUUAAGUUACAAAGAGCCAGGCCCAGUGCUGCACUAAGCACUUUACAUAUUUGGCAUGUUUUCUCUUUUUUACUCCUUCCAGCAGCCAGGGCCUAUGAACUUACAGAAGGCAUGAUGCCUAAGGCCCACAAUACUUUUAGGGCCCCAUGAAAAUGUUUUACUUCUUUUAAAAUCAGAAGAAAAAAUAAACAUAACCCUGCCUUUAUUACAUAUAUAUUAUUUUUAGUUUUUUAGUUUUUGGUAUUUUUGAGCAGGAGCUCUGGCGCCCAGGCUGGAGUGCAGUGGCACAAUCAUGGCUCACUGCAGCCUUGACCCCCUGGGCUCAGGCAGUCUUCCCACCUCAGCCUCCCGAGGAGCUGGGACCACAGGUACAUGCCACCACUUCCGGCUAAUUUUUAUUUUUUUUAUUUUUUGUAGAGAAAGGGUCUUGCCAUGUUGCCCAGGCUGUUCUUGAACUCUUGGGAUUAAGUAAUUCUCACACCUUGGCCUCCCAAAGUGCUGGGAUUUCAGGCAUGAGCCACUGCACCAGGCCAAGGUUAUAUUCAUCCUUAUACUAACACGGUCAUAAAAUAUGAUUUAAAACACUUUUUUCUUAUGGAGGAAGGAACCCACCAAAAAAAUCCAUGUGACUGAGUGUGGUGCCGGGUGCCUGUAGUCCCAGCUACCAGGAGGCUGAGGCAGGAGAAUCACUUGAACCUGGGAAGCGGAGGUUGCAGUGAGCCGAGAUCAUGCUACUGCACUUGCACUUCAGCCUGGGUGACAGAGUAAGACUCUGUCUCAAAAAAAAAAAAAAAAAGGCCAGCAGUGGCUCACACUUGUAAUCCCAGCACUUUGGGAGACCAAGGCGGGUGGACCACCUGAGGUCAGGAGUUCGAGACCAGCCUGGCCAACAUGGUGAAACCCCGACUCUACUAAAAAUACAAAAAAUUAGCUGGGCAUGGUGGCGGGUGCCUGUAAUCCCAGCUACUCGGGAGGCUGAAGCAGGAAAAAUCAGUUGAACCCAGGAGGCGGAGGUUGUAGUGAACCAAGACUGUGCCACUGUACUCCAGCCUGGGCAAUAAGAGCAAAACUCUGUCUCAGAAAGAAAAAAAAAAAAGAAAAAAAAUCAUAAUGUGGCCAAACCAGCAACCCUAUGACAUGGGUACUAUUGCUAUGCAGUUUAUCCAAGGGAGGAAACUAAAGUCUGAGAAGUGAUUUAGCCCAGGUCAGGUGGCUGGAAGGGGUGGGAACAUGGACUUGAACCCAAGCCUAGUGACUCUAAAGCUCUUAUGCUGGGCCACUCAGCUGAAGAGACUCCAGUCAGCACUUUCCUAUGGAAGGGACGUGUUUGAUCACAACUGGGAAGUUGUACCCCACAAAAAGAAGGCUCUGGGGAAAUGUGAUACAGUCUUCAAAUAUUUUAAGGGCUGUCAUGUGGAAAAGGAUUAGCUCUUUUGUGUUACUUCCCAGAGCUGAGCUAGGAUAGGUGGGGUGUGUUGCAGGAAAGGUAGGGUGUGUGUGUGUGUGUGUGUGUGUGUCUCGCUCUGUGUGUGUGUGUGUGUCUUGCUCUGUGUGUGUGUGUGUGUCUUGCUCUGUGUGUGUGUGUGUCUCGCUCUGUGUGUGUGUGUGUGUGUGUGUGUGUGUGUGUGUGUGUGUGUAUGUAUGUCUCACUCUGUUACCCAGACUGGAGUGCAAUGGAGUGAUCGCCACUCACUGCAACCUCCGCCUCCUGGGUUCAAGUGAUUCUCCUGCCUCAGCCUCCCGAGUAGCUGGGACUACAGGCAUGCACUACCACACCCAGCUAGUUUUUGUAUUUAUAGUAGAGAUGGGGUUUCGCAAUGUUGGCCAGGCUGGUCUCUGGCUCCUGACCUUAGGUGAUCCGCCCUACUCAGCCUCCCAAAGUCCUGGGAUCACAGGCAUGAGCCACCGGGCCCCACCAGGAAAGUAGAUUUUGGCCCAGUGAUAUAACAAACUUACUGGAUGUGAUAAGCCCACUGUCAGUGGUGGUUUAUUCUUAAGAUCAAAGAUGUGGAGUUUGACCCCAGUCACAGACAAGAGCAUUGUAAACAAGGCUGUAUUGCAGGGGAUUGCUGCCUUGGGAGGGGAGUUGGACAAGAAUUUGAUGAAUUUUUAUGUCCCUUUCAACUCUAAGAUUCUAUGUUUGCAGGGCCCAGCACGGGGGCUCAUGCCUGUAAUCCCAGCACUUUGGGAAGCCAAGGCGGGCAGAUCACCUGAGGUCGGGAAUUCGAGACCAUCCUGGCCAACAUGGUGAAACCCCGUCUCUACUAAAAAAACAAAAUUAGCUGGGCACGGUGGCGUACUCCUGUAAUCCCAGCUAGUCGGGAAGCUGAGGCAGGAGGAUCACUUAAAGCCGGGAGGCAAAGGUUGCAGUGAGCCUGGAUAGCGCCAUUGCACUCCAGUCAGGGUGACAAAGCGAGACUCUGUCUCAGAAAAAAAAAAAAAAAAAAAGAUUCUAUGGUUGCAAAUAGCAGCAGCUCAGCAGUGUAGAGUUGAAUUCCCUACCAAACCAAUUUUACUAAUUGUUAUUGAGCCUUUUUAUGUACCAUUGGUGGGAGUAUGAAUGGAUACUCUUUUGAAAGUGUUAUUUGGCCGUAUUUAUUAAAAUUUAGACUGCUUGGGCCGGGCGCAGUGGCUCACGCCUGUGAUCCCAGUACUUUGGGAGGCUGAGGCGGGCAGAUCAACUAAGGUCAGGAGUUCGAGACCAGCCUGACCAGCAUGGUGAAACUCUGUCUCUACUAAAAACUACAAAAAGUAGAGCCAGGCGUGGUGGCUCACACCUGUAAUUCCAGCACUUUGGGAGGCUGAGGCGGGCAGAUCACCUGAGGUCGGUUGUUCGAGACCAGCCUGACCAACAUGGAGAAACCCCGUCUCUACUAAAAAUACAAAAUUAGUUGUGCGUGGUGGCGCAUACCUGUAAUCCCAGCUAUUCGGGAGGCUGAGGCAGGAGGAUUACCUGAAUCCGGGAAGCGGAGGUUGUGGUGAGCGGAGAUGGCGCCAUUGCACUACAGCCUGGGAAGCAAGAGCAAAACUCCGUCUCAAAAAGAAAAAAAAAAACAAAAAAACUACAAAAUGUAGCCAGGCAUGGUGGUGGGUGCCUAUAAUCCCAGCUACUUGGGAGGCUGAGGCAGGAGAAUGGCUACAACCUGGGAGGCGGAGGUUGUAGUGGGCUGAGAAUGUGCCAUUGCAUUCCAGCCUGGGCGACAGAGUGAAACUGUUUAAAAAAAAAAAAAAUUCGACUGUUCAGGCAGGGCAUGGUGGUUCUUGCCUGUAGUCCCAGCACUUUGGGAGGCCAAGGCGGGCGGAUCACGAGGUCAGGAGUUCAAGACCAGCCUGGCCAAUAUGGUGAAACCCUAUCUAUACUAAAAAUACAAAAAGUUACCUGGGCAUGGUGGCAUAUGCCUGUAAUCCCAGCUACUCGGGAGGCUGAGGCAGGAGAAUCGCUUGAACCCAGGAGGCAGAGGUUGCAGUGAGCCAAAACCGUGCCAUUGCACUCUAGCCUGGGCAACAGAACGAGACUUUGUCUCAAAAAAAAAAAAAUUUAAACUGUUUAUACUUUUUGACUUCGCAAUACUUUUUUUUUUUUUUUUUUUGAGACGGAGUCUUGCUCUACCGCUCAGGCUGGAGUACGAUGGUGCAAUCUCAGCUCACUACAACCUUCCCUUCCAGGUUCAAGCAAUUCCCCUGCAUCAGCCUCCCGAGUAGCUGGGGCUACAGGCACGCACCACCACACCUGGCUAACUUUUUUGUAUUUUUGUAAAGAUGGGGUUUCGCCACGUUGGCUAGGCUGGUCUUGAACUCCUGACCUUAGGUGAUCCAUCUGCUUCAGCCUCCCAAAGUGCUGGGAUUAUAGGCAUGAGCCACUCACUGCACACGGCCUAACAAACAUACUUAAUAAGUAAAUCAUGGAGUGUGUAGCAGGUGAGAAAGGCAGUGACGAGAACUUGCGAUGCGGGGUGGAGGUGAAGGAGGGUUGCAAUUUUAAGCAGAGUGGUCAGGGUAGGCCUCACGGAGAAGGUGAUAUUUGAGCAAAUCAUUAAAGAUCAUGAAUAGGACACCUCCCACUCUUGUUCUAAGUUGGAAAUUCACCAGGAGUUACUUUUUCCUUUUUCUUUGUUCUAGAGGCAGAGUUCUCACUAUGUUGCCCAGGCUGGUCUUGAUCUCCUGAGCUCAAGCGAUCCACCCACCUCAGCCUCCCAAAGUGCUGGGAUUACAGGUGUCAAUCACUGCACCCAGCACUGGGAGACACUUGUGAGGGGCCUGGCAUCCAGCAGGCUCUGAAGGAUGGUCGCUAUUAUUGUUCAUUUUAGUCCUGAAAUGAACAGGAGCUCUCAAAGCGCUUACCUAAGGAAGAUGUCUAAGAGCAUUGCAGUUUGCAAAUGAAGAGUGGGCAGGGUUUGGGUUAUGGUAACUGUUUUAUCUGCCUCCCCAGAAAGGAAACAAAGUAUCUGGUCAGCGGGGAAGGUUUCCACCUGUGCAUCCUGUUUGCCAGCGAGCCUGCCGGCCCCUGUGGCAAUCCACCCAUUGUGUUUCCAUCAGCGUAAUUGCAUGUGGGAGGCUCCUCUGCACUCUCAGUCCUUGAAAAAUCCCCCACAGGGCCUCCCCAAUUAGGCAAUGAUAAAGCCAUUGGUGUGGUUAGAUCCCUCCUGGGACAGGAUGUUAACCCUCAGCAGCUCCUGAACCAUGGGAGCUGGUCCCUGUCAAUGUCACGGAAACAGAACAAGAGGAGGCUUCAAAGAAAUCAGUUGCCCGCGCUCCCUGAUUGCAACCAGGCCUUAUCUAGUGCCUUUUAAAAAUGGCCCUGACCCUUUCUUCUUAUUUAUUAAAUUAUUUAUUUAUUUAUUUAUUUAUUUAUUUAUUUUUGAGACAGGGUCUUGCUCUGUGGCCCAGGCUGGAGUGCAGUGACUCGAUCUCUGCUCAUUGCAACUUCCGCCUCCCAGAUUCAAGCGAUUCUCCUGCCUCAGCCUCCCAGUAGCUGCGAUUACAGGUGCCUGGCACCACACCCGGCUAAUUUCUGUAUUUUUAAUAGAGGCAGGGUUUUGCCAUAUUGACCAGGCUUGUCUCCAACUCUCUGGCCUCAAGUGAUCUGGCCGCCUCAGCCUCCCAAAGUGCUGGGAUUACAGGCCUGAGUUCCCGUGCUCGGUCUCUUAUUACUUUUUAAAAUGAGACAAGGCCCCACUCUGGUUUUGCCACGUUGCACAGGCUGGAGUGCAGUGGUGCAAUCACGGCUCUCUGCAGCCUCAACUUCCUGGGCUCAGCUGAUUCUCCCAACUCAGCCUUUCAAGUAGCUGGUACUAUAGGCACUCACCACCACGCCUGGCUAAUUUUUGUAUUUUUUGUAGAGUCGGGGGGCGGUGUCUUGCCAUAUUGCCCAAGCUGGGCUCGAACUUGUGGGCUUAAGCGAUCCGCCCACCUCAGCCUCCCAAAAUGCUGGGAUUACAGGCAUGAGCCACCGUGCCUGGGCCCUGACCUCUUCUUCAGGGUAACAGAUAUCUGCUAGGAUCUGCUGUGGCUUCUACGUUCCCUUAAGCAAAGAGAGGGGAGAGGAGAAAAAAUAGAUUUCAACCCAAAGCCAGUAUAAGCACCCCAAGAGAGGUCAAUAAAGUCUCAAUUUGGAGGUGAGGAAAGCCUUUAUUGGCACCCAGGACAUUGGUGUUGGGAUUAGAGGACAGACUAGUGGGAUUUUGACACACACAAAUGAAGAAUGGUGUCUUAGGCAUAUGGCACAGCAAAGAAAAAGGCUUGCAGGCUUUAACUAUGGGACAUAUUCAAGCUGUCCUAAGCAGUUCCUUUUGUCUGAAGUAUGAUAAAGAAAAUAAUACAUAAUAGUAAUAAACAUUCUUUAUAUGCUUGAAACCACUUUUAUAAAAAUCAUAGUAAUAAGGGUAAUUUAACACAAUUGGCUGGGCGCGGUGGCUCACGCCUAUAAUCUCAACACUUUGGGAGGCUGAGGCGGGCGGAUCACUUGAGGUCAGGGGUUCAAGACCAACCUAGCCAACAUGGUGAAACCCUAUCUCUGCUAAAAAUAGAAAAAUAAGCCAAGCAUGGUGGUGCACGCCUGUAGUCCCAGCUACUCCGGAGGCUGAGGCACUAGAAUUGCUUGAACCAUGGGGGCAGAGGCUGCAAUCAGCUGAGAUCAAGCCACGGCACUCAAGCCUGGGCAACAGAGCGAGACUCUGUCUCAAAAAUACAAAUUUAAUGUUAUUGACUCUAUCUUGUUUUCACUAUGCUAAAUUGUUUUUCUUUAUUUUUGUAUAGAGGCCACAGUACUCUUUUUUUUUUAGAAAAUGAAUUUUUUUGUUAUUGUUUAAUAAUUAAAACCAGCCAGAUGUGGUGGCUUAAGCCUGUAAUUCCAACACUGUGGGAGGCUGAGCUAUGAGGAUCACUUGAGGCCAGGAAUUCGAGUCCUGCCUGGGCAACAAAGUGAGACACCAUCUCUAUAAAAAAUUUUUAAAAUUAGCUGGGCAUGGUGGUGCAUGCCUGUAGUCCCAGCAACUCAGGAGGCUGAAGCAAGAGGAUCAGUUAAGCCCAGGAAUUCGAGGCUACAGUGAGCUAUGAUUAUACCAUUGCAUUCCAGUCUGGGUGACAGAGUGAGACCUUGUCUCUAAUAAAUUAGUUGAUUAAUAAAAAUUUUAAAAUUGACAGAAAGUCUUACAAGUCUAUAAGAUCUACUUCUGUCUGUUAUGUCUAUGUUUAUGUGCCAUGAAUAUAUAAUAUUUCGCUACUUAAAUAUAUUUUUAAAAGCUCUAAUCAGUUGACUUAACCACUUAAAUUGAAUAUUUUAUCAAAAAAUAAAAACUUUAAAUAUCUUUUAGUUCACAUGACUUUAAUAACCUUUAGUAAAUAAAGACAGUUUUUCAAUUAUUAGUAAAAUAAAAACAUCUUCAGAAUGUGAACAUUUGGUGUAAAUUAGACAAGUCUGGUAUUGUCUUUACUAAGAUCUUUCAGGUCCUAAACUACUUUUAUAAAUUUUUUUCUUAGACUGGGACUCACUCUGUUGCCCAGGCUGGAGUAUAGUGGCAUGCUCACUGCAGCCUCAACCUCCCUGGGCUCAGGUGAUCCUUCCACCUCAGCCUUCCAAGUAGUUGGGACUAUAAGCACGUACCACCACGUCUGGCUCAUUUUUGUAUUUUUAGUGGAGAUCGGGUUUUACCAUGUUGGCCAGGCUGGUCUCUAAUUCCUAGGCUCAAGGCAUCCACCAGCCUCUGCUCCCAAAGUGCUAGAAUUACAAGCAUGAGCCACCGUGCCUAGCCCUUCUAUAAUAUUUUAAAUAAUUGUUGGACUUGUCUAUUUUAAAGCCCUUAGAUUGUAGAUAAGGCCUGGGGAUGUGUAGAAUUAACCAUGUCCCCUGCCUAUCCUAAAAAGCAUCAUAUAUUAUUGACAUAUAUUAUUACUGUCCUAGACUCUGUACCUGGUACAUAAUUAAAAUUGCCUACCUCCUUAGUUUUUCAUUAAAAAUAAAAGUUAGUAAUGGCUGGGUGCAGUGGCUCACGCCUGUAAUCCCAGCACUUUGGGAGGCCAAGGCAGACAGAUCACCUGAGGUCAGGAGUUUGAGACCAGCCUGGCCAACAUGGCGAAACCCUGUCUCUAUAAAAAAUACAAAAAUUAGCUGGGCAUGCAUGGUGGUGCACACCUGUAGUCUGAGGUACUCGGGAGGCUAAGGCAAGAGAAUUGCUUGAACCCGAGAGGCAGAGACUGCCUAAGAGUUAACAUUAUGAUAUAUGUAAUUAAAACUACUAAAGGAACAAUUUUACAUACAAAGGUAAAAUUUAGUUUUUUAAACAAAAUUUUCAUGUAAUAUUAAAAAAUAGUAAAAAAAUUUUUCUUUGCAGGAGAGACAGAUUCAGUUAGCCUCAUACUGUCUUUAUUGGGUCUUGUUUAAAACACAGUCUCCCAUCUGUUAAAAAAUAAGUCUUUGCCUCUUGAAAAUUUUUGAGUUAUCGGCUGGGUACGGUGGCUCAUGCGUGUAAUCCCAACCCUUUGGGAGGCCAAGGCAGGUGGGUCCCUUGAGGUCGGGAGUUUGAGACCACCCUGUCCAACAUAGUGAAACCCCAUCUCUACUAAAAGUACAAUAAUUUGCUGGGCAUGGUUGUGGGCACCUGUAAUUCCAGCUACUCAGGAGGCUGAGGCAGGAGGAUUGCCUGAACCCAGGAGGUGGAGGUUGCAGUGAGCCAUGAUCACGCCACUGUACUCCAGACUGAGCGACAGAGAGAGACCCUGUCUCAAAAAAAAAAAAAAAAAAAAAAAAGUUGAAAUCAUACAAAGUACUUUUGGCCGGGUGCGGUGGCUCACGCCUGUAAUCCCAGCACUUUGGGAGGCCGAGGCAGGCGGAUCACCUGAGGUCAGGAGUUUGAGACCAGCCUGGCCAACAUGGUGAAACCGCAUAUCUAUUAAAAAUACAAAAAGUAGCUGGGUGUGGUGGCGGGUGCCUAUAAUCCCAGCUACUUGGGAGACUGAGGCAGGAGAAUUGCUUGAACCCGGGAGGCGGAGGUUGCAGUGAGCUGAGAUCACGCCAUUGCACUCCAGCCUGGGUGACAGAGUGAGACCCUGCAAAAAAAAAAAAAAAAAGGUAAUUUCUUCAACCACAACGGAAUAAAACUAGAAAUCAACAAGAGAAAGAAAAUUUUUAGAUUCACAAAUAUACGAUUAUGUAGAAAUUAACAUAAACAAUGAGUAAAAUAAGACAUCAUAAAAAAAUUUUUAAAUAUUUUGAGAUGAAUGAAAAAGCAAUACAACUUACCAAAACUUAUGAGAUGCAGCAAAGACAAUGCUCAGAGGGAAAUUUAUAGCUGUAAACACCUACAUCAAAAAUGAAAGAGGGCGGGCGCGGUGGCUCACGCCUGUAAUUCCAGCACUUUGGGAGGCUGAGGCGGGUGGAUCACCUGACGUCAGAAGUUCAAGACCAGCCUGACCAACAUGGAGAAACCCCAUCUCCACUAAAAAGACAGAACUAGCUGGGCAUGGUGGCACAUGCCUGUAGUCCUUGCUACUUAGGAGGCUGAGGCAGGUGGAUCACUCGAACCCAUGAGGCGAAGGUUGUGGUGAGCUGAGAUCGUGCCAUUGCACUCCAGCCUAGGCAACAAGAGUGAAACUCCAUCUCAAAAAAAAAAAAAAAUGAACACUUGAGGCCAGGAGUUUGAGACCAGCCUUAGUAAUAUAGCGAGACCCUAUCUGUAUGAAAAAUACAAAUAAAAAAUCUAGCCAGGCAUCGUGGCACAUGCCUGUGAUCUCAGCUACUUGGGAGGCUGAGGCAGGAGGAUCACUUGAGCCCAGGAGUUUGAGGCUACAGUGAGCCAUGAUUGCACCACUACACUCCAGCUUGGACAACAGAGCAAGACCUUGUCUCAAGCAAAAAAAAGAAAGACAGAUCUCAAAUAAUACAUUCUUCCACCUUAUAGGAUUAGAAAAAGAUCAAACUAUGCCGAAAGCAAGCAGCAGCAAAAAAACAAUAAAAAUUACAGUGAAGAUAAAUAAAAUAUAGUAUUCUAUAAAAGCAAUAGACUCAACAAAACCAAAAACUGGUUCUUUAACAAAUCAGCAAAAUUGCUAAACUUUUGGAAAUACUGAUCCCCCCCAAAAGAAGAAUGGAGAUGACCCAAAUCACUAAAAUCAGGAACCAAAGAUUACUACAACCCUUACAAAAAUAAAAGAUUAUAAGAGAAUAAUAUAAACAAUGACAUGUCAAUUAAUUGAAUACACCUGGAUGAAAUGUACAAAUUUCUAGAAACACACAAAUUACCAAGACUAACCCAAGAAAAACUAGGAAGUCGGAAUAGAUCUAUAACAAGGAAAGAGAUGGAAUUGGUAACAAUUUUUUAAAGUUCCGUAAGGAAAAGCUCAGGACCCGAUGGCUCCAUUGGUGAAUUCUACCAGGUAUUUGAAUAAUUAAGGCCAAUUCUUAUUAAAAUCUUCCCAAAACUAGAAGAGGAGGCAACAUUUCUGACCCAUUCUAUGAAGCCAGCAUUACCCUGAUACCAAAGCCACACAAUGACAUUACAGGAAAAGAAAACUAUAGACCAAUGUCCCUUAUAAAUAUAGAUGCAGAAAUCCUAAAUAAAAUACUAGCAAAUCAAAUCCAGCAGCAUAGAAACAUAUUAUACAUAUGUGUUAACAGAUGAGACUUAUCCCAAGAAUGUAAGGGUGAUUCAUUAUAAGAAAAUCAGGGCAGGGCGCAGUGGCUCAAAACUGUAGUCCUAGCUACUUGGCACGCUGAGGUGAGAGAAUCGCUUGAGCUGGGGAGGUUGAGGCUGCGGUGAACCAUGUUUGCGCCUCUGCACCCCACCCUGGGUGACAAAGUGAGACCCUGUCUCAAAAAAGAAAGAACUCAGCCAGGCACGGUGGUUCACGCCUGUAUUCCCAGCACUUUGGCAGGCCGAGGCAGGUGGACCAUUUGAGGUAAAGAGUUCGAGAUCAGCCUGGCCAACACGGUGAAACCUCAUCUCUACUAAAAAUACAAAAAAUAAAAAUAAAUUAGCUUGGCGUGGUGACACACUCCUGUAAUGCCAGGUGUUAGGGAGGCUGAGGUAGGAAAAUUGCUUGAACCCAGGGGAUGGAGGUUGCAGUGAGCCGAGAUCAUGCCACUGCACUCCAGCCUGGGAGACUGAGACUCCAUCUCAAAAUAAAUAAAUAAAUAAAUAAAUAAAUUUUAUUCACAACAUUAAUAGAAUUAAGGGAUAAUGUAGAAAACAGCCUUUGACAAAACCCAACACCUUUUCAGGAUUUAAAACAAAACAAAACAACAACAACAACGACAAAGAAUACUGAAAUAAUAAAGACCAGAAGAGAACUUCUUCAACAGGAUAAAGGGCAUAUAUAAAAAACUUACACCAGGCCAGGCAUGGUGACUCACUCCUGUAACCCCAGUACUUUGGGAAGAUUGCUUGAGCCUAGAAGUUUGAGACCAGCCUGGGCAACAUAGUGAGACGCUGGCUCUAUUUAUUUAUUUAUUUAUUUAUUUAUUUAUUUAUUUAUUUAUUUUUUUUUAUUUAUUUUUUGAAACGGAGUCUCGCUAUGUCGCUCAAGCUGGAGUGCGGUGGCAUGAUCUCUCACUGCAAGCUCCGCCUCCUGGGUUCAGGCCAUUCUCCUGCCUCAGCCUCCCGAGUAUCUGGGACUACAGGCGCCCGCCACCACGCCCGGCUAUUUUUUUUUUUUUGUAUUUUAGUAGAGAUGGGGUUUCACUGUGUUAAUCAGGAUGGUCUCUAUCUCCUGACCUCGUGAUCCGCCUGCCUCGGCCUCCCAAAGUGCUGGGAUUACAGGCUAAGCCAGUGUGCCCGGCCCGCUGUUUCUAUUUAUAGAAAGAAAGAAAAAGAAGGAAGAGAGAAAGAAAGAAAGAAGGAAGGAAGGAAGGAAAGAAGGAAGGAAGGAGAAAGAAAGAAAGGAAGAGACACCAUAUGCAACAGUGAAAGGCUUACAAAUUUAAAGAUUUCCCCACAAAGACCAGGAACAACACAAGGAUGCCUGCUUUUUACCACCUCUUGUCAACAUUGCACUUUAAUGUUUUAUUGAUUGAUUGAUCUAUUUUUAUUGAUAUAUGAAUGGAUUUUUUUUUCUUUUUUUAUUAUACUUUAAGUUCUACGAUACAUGUGCACGACGUGCAGGUUUGUUACAUAGGUAUACAUGUGCUAUGUUGGUUUGCUGCACCCAUCAACUCGACAUUUACAUUAGGUAUUUGUCCUAAUGCUCUCCCUCCCGCCCCCACUACCCCCAACAGGCCCCAGUGUGUGAAGUUCCCUGCCCUGUGUCCAUGUGUUUUCAUUGUUCAGUUCCCACCUAUGAGUGAAACAUGUGGUGGUUGGUUUUCUGACCUUGUGACAGUUUGCUAAGAAUGAUGGUUUCCAGCUGCAUCCAUGUCCUUGCAAAGGACAUGAACUCAUCCUUUUUUAUGGCUGCAUAGUAUUCCAUGGUGUAUAUGUGCCACAUUCUCUUAAUCCAGUCUAUCAUUAAUGGACAUUUGGGUUGGCUCCAAGUCUUUGCUAUUGUGAAGAGUGCCACAAUAAACAUAUGUGUGCAUGUGUCUUCAUAGUAGCAUGAUUUGUAAUCCUUUGGGUAUAUACCCAGUGAAGGGAUUGCUGGGUCAAAUGGUAUUUCUGGUUCUAGAUCCUUGAGGAAUAGCCACACAGUGUGUGGCUAUUGAGCAGAAUGGUUGAACUAAUUUACACUCCCACCAACAGUGUAAAAGCAUUCCUAUUUCUCCACACCCUCUACAGCAUCUGUGGUUUCCUCACUUUUUAAUGAUCGCCGUUCGAACUGGCAUGAGAUGGUAUCUCACUGUGGUUUUGAUUUGCAUUUCUCUGAUGACCAGUGAUGUUGAGUAUUUUUUCAUGUGUCUGUUGGCUGCAUAAAUGUCUUCUUUUGAGAAGUGUCUGUUCAUAUCCUUUGCCCACUUUUUGAUGGGGUUGUUUGUUUUUUUCUUGUAAAUUUGUUUAAGUUCUUUGUAGAUUCCGAAUACUAGCCCUUUGUCAGACGGGCAGAUUGCAAAAGUUUUCUCCCAAUCUGUAGAUUGCCUGUUCAGUCUGAUGAUAGUUGCUGACCAGGCUGCAGCAUCACAGGUUGAUCUUGGACUGCUUCGCUAGCAGUGACCAAGGCUCUGUGGGCGUGCGACCUGCUGAGCCAGGAACGGGAGGGAAUCUCCUGGUCUGCCAGUUGCUAAGACCGUGGGAAAAGCACAGUAUUUGGAUGGAAGUGUACCAUUCCUCCAGGUGCAGUCUGUCACAGCUUCCCUUGCCUAGGAAAGGGAAAUCCCCUGAACCCUUGCACUUCCUGGGAGAGGCAACACACUGCCCUGCUUCAGCUCACCCUCUGUGGGCUGCACCCACUGUCCAACCAGUCCCAGUGAGAUGAACCAGGUACCUCAGUUGGAAAUGCAGAAAUCACCUGUCUUCUGUGUUGAUCUCACUGGGAGCUACAGACCAGAGCUGUUCCUAUUUGGCCAUCUUGGAAGUGACUCAUCUAUUUUUAUUUAUUUAUUUUUGGAGACCGCUUCUCUCUCUGUCACCCAAGCUAGAAUGCAGUGGCACGAUCUUGGCUCACUGUGGCCUCUGCCUCCUGGGUUCAAGCAAUUCUCCUGCCUCAGCCUCCCAAGUAGCUGGGACUACAGGUGUGGGCCACCAUGCCCAGGUAAUUUUUGUAUUUUUGGUAGACACAGGGUUUCACCAUUUUGGCCAGGCUGGUCUCGAACUCCUCACCUCAGGUGAUCUGUCCACCUCAGCUUCCCAAAGUGCUGAAAUUACAGGUGUGAGCCACUGUGCCUGGCUGAACAUUGCCCUUUAAUGUUUUAAAAUGUAGGUUUUAUUAUUGUCUACCUAUGCUGAGGCCAACAAAUUAGGAGACAGCUGUCAUUGAAAAGGUAGUUUGCAGCUGGGCGUGGUUGCUCGCGCCUGUAAUCCCAGCACCUUGGGAGGCUGAGGUGGGUGGAUCACUUGAGGUCAUGAGUUCUAGACCAGCCUGGCCAACAUGGUGAAAGCCCGUCUCUAGUAAAAAAUACAAAAAUUAGCUGGGCGUGGUGGGGGCACCUGUAGUCCCAGCUACUUGGGAGGCUGAGGCAGGAGAAUCACUUGAACCCGGGAGGCAGAGGUUGCUGUGAGCCAAGAGUAUGCCACUGCACUCCAGCCUGGGCGACAGAGCAAGACUCCAUCUCAAAAAAAGAAAAAAAAAAAAAGAUCAACGCACAAACAUCAGCCACAUUUCCAUAAACUAACAAUAAACAAUCAGAAAGUAAAAUUAAGAAAACAAUUUCACUUCCAAUAGAACAAAAAUAAAUAAAUUUAACCAAGUAGGAGUAACACUAGUGCCCUGAAAACUACAAAACGUGGCUGAAAGCAAUUAUGAAGACCUAAAUAAAUAGAAAGACGAUGUCACAUGUUGAUAUGGUUUGGCUCUUUGUCCCCACCCAAAUCUCAUCUUGAAUUGUACUCCCAUGAUUCCCACGUGUUGUGGAAGGGACCCGGUGGGAGAUAAUUGAAUCAUGGGGGCAGUUUUUCCCGUACUGUUCUUGUGGUAGUGAAUAAGUCUUACAAGAUCUAAUGGUUUUAUAAGGAGAAACCCGUUUCACUUGGCUCUCAUUCUCUCUCUUGCCACCGCCAUGUAAAAAAUGCCUUUCGCCUUCCACCAUGAUUGUGAGGCCUCCCUAGCCACGUGGAACUGUAAGACCAUUAAACCGCUUUCUUUUGUAAACUCCCCAGUCUUGGGUAUGUCUUUAUCAGCAGCACGAAAACAGACUAAUACAUGUGUUUAUGAAUUAGAAGACUUAAUAUUGUUAAGAUGAUAAUACUAUCCCAAAGUGAUCUAUGGACUUGAUAUAAUCCCUAUGAAAAUCCCAGUGUCCUUGUUUGCAGACCUGGAAAAUUCAAACCUAAUAUUCACAUGGUAUUGCACCCAAGAGCCAAUCUUGAAAAAUGAGCAGAGUUGAAGACUCACACUUGGUGAUUUCAGAAUUUACUACAAAGCCACAAUACUCAAAAGGUGUGAUACUGGUAUGAGGAUAGGCAUAUAGAUUAGUGGAAUAGAAUUGAAAGUCUGGAAAUGACCCAUACAUCUAUAGUCAAUUGAUUUUUUCUUUUGAGGCAGGAUUUUGCUCUGUUGCCCUGGCUGGAGUGCAGUGGCGCAAUCACAGUUCAUUGUAACCACUACCUCCUGGGCUCAAGCAAUCCUCCCACCUCAGCCUCCCACAUAGCUAGUAGCUGGGAGUAUAGGCACGUGCCACCACACCUGGCUAAUGUUUUUUGUUUUUAGUAGAGAUGAAGUCUCGCCAUGUUGCUGAGGCUGGUCUCAAACUCCUGGGCUCAAGCAAUCCUCUCACCUUGACCUCCCAAAGUGCCGGGAUUACAGGCGUGACCCACUGCACCCAGGGUGGUCAGUUGGCUUUUUGUUGUUGUUUGUUCGUUUGUUUGUUUUCGAGAUGUAGUCUUGCUCUGUCACCCAGGCUGGAGUGCAGUGUUGAAUUCUUGGCUCACUGCAACCUCCACUUCCUGGAUUCAAGCAAUUCUCCUGCUUCAGCCUCUCGAGUAGCUAGGACUACAGGCACCCACCACCACGCCUGGCUAAGUUUUGUAUUUUUAGUACAGACAGGCUUUCACCAUGUUGGCCAGUCUGAUCUUGAACUCCUGACCUCAGGUGAUCCACCCACCUCGGCCUCUCAAAGUGCUGGGAUUACAGGUGUGAGCCACCAUGCCCAGCCAGUGAAUUGGCUUUUGACAAGCGUGCCAAGGCCAUUCAAUAGGCGAAAGAACAGUUUCCCUCUCUCUCUUUUUUUUUAAAUUUCAGUAGAUUUUGGGGUACAAGUGGGUUUUGUUUACAUAGAUGAAUUAUAUAGUGGUAAAUUUUGAGAUUUUAAUGCACCCAUCAUCACCCAAGUAGUUACACGUGUACCCAACAUGUAGUUUUCAUCCAUACCCUCCUCUCAUCCUCCCCCUUCUGAGACUCCAGAGUCCGUUAUAUCACUCUGUAUGCCUUUGGGUACUCAUAGCUUAGCUCCUACUUAUAAGCGAGAACAUACAAUAUUUGGUUUUCCAUUCCUGAGUUACUUCACUUAGAUUAAUGGCCUCCAGCUCCAUCCAAGUUGCUGAAAAAGACAUAUUUUUUUUUCUUUUUUUUGAGAUGGAGUCUUGUUCUGUCAUCCAGGCUGGAGUGCAGUGGCAUAAUCUCGGCUCACGCAACCUCCACCUCCCGGGUUCAAGCAAUUCUCCUGUCUUGGCCUCCCAAGUAGCCGGGACUACAGGUGCACACCACCAUGCCUGGCAUAUUUUUACACUUUUAGUAGAGACAGGGUCUCGCCAUGAUGGCCAGGCUGGUCUUGAACUCCUGACUUCUGGUGAUCCACCCCCCUUGACCUCCCAAAGUGCUAGGAUUACAGGCAUGAGCCACUGUGCCCAGCCUAAAAGACAUAAUUUCAUAGAACAGUCUCUUCAACAAAUGACCCUGGGACCAUGAGAUAUCCACAUGCAAAAGAAUGCGAUUGGACUUUGAACUCACACCAUAAUAUUAACAUCUAAAUUAUAAAAGUUAAAACUAUAAAAUACUUAAAAGAGAGCCUAGAGGGAAAUCUUCAUUAUCUUUGGCUUGGCAAUGGUUUCUUAAAUAUGAAACCAAAACACACAAGUAACAGCAGCAAAGGUUGAGAAACUAGACUUCAUCAAAAUUAAAACCUUUUAUGCAUCAAAGAACAGUAUCGAAGGAGAGAAAAGGCAGUUCACAGAAUGAGAGAAAAUAUUUGCAAAUCACAUAUUUGAUAAGGCUCUACUAUCCGGAAUAUGUAAAGAACUUUACAACUCAACAACAAAAAAAGCAAAGCACCCAGUUUUUAAAAAUGGGCCCCGGACUUGAAUAGACAUUUCUCCAAAGAAGAUAUACAAAUGGCCAACAAGCACGUGAACAGAUGCUGAACAUCAUUUGUUAUUAGGGAAAUGCAAAUAAAAAUCACAAAGAGAUGCCACUUCACACACAAUAGAAUGGUUAGAAUUUUUAAAAAUGGAAAAUUACAGCCAGGCGCCAUGGCUCACGAGGUCAGGAGUUCAAGACAAGCCUGGCCAAGAUGGUGAAACCCCAUCUCUACUGCAAAUACAAAAACAUCAUCCAGGCACAGUGGCAGGCAACUGUAAUCCCAGCUACUCAGGAGGCUGAGGCAGGAGAAUCGCUUGAACCCGUGGGGCAGAGGUUGCAAUGAGCUGAGAUCACGCCACUGCACUCCAGCCUGGGCGACAGAGUGAGACUCUGUGUCAAAAAAAAAAAAAGGAAAAUUACAAGCCUGAUGGGGAUAUGGAGAAACUGAAAGCCUUGUACAUUGCUGCUAGGAAUGUAAAAUGGUACAGCCUCUAUGGAAAACAGUUUGGCAGUUCCUCAAAAAGUUGAACAUAGAAUUACAAUGUGACCCAGCAAUUUAAUGCCUGGGUGUAUACUAGUAUACAGGUGUUCAAACAUUAACUGGCACACAAAUGCUCAUAGCAGCACUAUUCGUAACGGUCCAUAAAGUGGAAACAAAUCAAAUGCCCAUCAAUUAAUGACUGUAUAAAUAAUAUUUAGUUUAUCUAUGCAAUGGAAUAUCAUUCAGACAUGAAAAGGAAGAAAAUACUGAUGCAUGCUACAACUGGGAUGAACCUUGAAAACAUCAUGCUACAAAAAAGAAUCCCAGUCAGGCGCAGUGGCUCAUACCGGUAAUCCUAGCACUUUGGGAGGCCGAGUUGGGCAGAUUGCUUGAGCUCAGGAGUUCCAGACCAGCCCAGGCACCAUGGCAACAGCGUGUCUCUACAAAAAAAUACAAAAAUUAGCCAGGGGUGCUGGUGCACACCUGUAGUCCCAGCUACUUGGGAGGCUGAGGUGGCAGGAUCUCUUCAACCUGGGAGGUCAAGGCUGUAGUGAGCCAUGAUAUGAAAGAAAAGAAGAAAGACAAAGAAAAAGAAAGGAAGAAAGAAAAGAAGAAAGAAAGAAAGAAAGGAAAGAAGGAAAGAAAGAAAGAAAAAGAAAAGAAAGAAAGGAAAGAAAGAAAGAAAGGGAGAGGAAGGAAACAGACACAGACACAAAAGACCACAUAUUUUAUGAAUAUAUUUAUAUGGGAUGAAACACACGGAAUAAGCAAAGCCGGAGAGACAGGAAGUAGAUUGUGGUUCUCAGGGCCUAGGAGGAGGGGCGGAAUGGAGAAUGUUUGCUUAAUGGUUAUGGAUUUUUGUUUUUUGUUUUUGCUUUUUGUUUUUGUCUUUUGUUUUGCUGUGGUAAAGAUGUUUUAGAUAGUAAUGAUAGCUGUGGAACAUUGUGAAUGUGACAAAAAACAGUGAACUAUUCACUUUAAAUGGUGAUUUUUUUUUUUUUUUUUGAGACAGGGUAUCACUCUGUCACCCACGCUGAAGUACAGUGGAGUGAUCAUAGUGCACUUCAGCCUCCUGGGCCCAAGUGAUCCUCCUGCCUCAGCCUCCCUAGUGGCUGGAACUACAGGCACACACCACCAUGCCUGGCCCCAAAGGGUGAUUUUUAAAAAUGUUUUGUGAAUCUUACUUCAAAAAAAGAAAGAAGGCCGGGCGCGGUGGCUCACGCCUGUAAUCCCAACACUUUCGGAGGCCAAGGUAGGCGGAUCGCCUAAGGUCAGGGGUUCAAGACCAGCCUGGCCAAAAUGGUAAAACCCCAUCUCUACUAAAAAAUACAAAAAUCAGCCAGGUGUGGUGAUGGGUGCCUGUAAUCCCAGCUACUUAGGAGGCUGAGGCAGGGAGUAUUGCUUGAACCCAGAGGCGGAGGUUGCAGUGAGCCAAGAUUGUGCCACUGCACUCCAGCCUGAACGACAAAGCUAGACCCUGUCUCAAAAAAAAGAAAAAAAAAGAAGGAAGGAAAGAAAAAAGAAAGAGAAAGAAAGAAAGAAAAAGAAAAGAAAGAAAGGAAAAGAAAAAAGAAAGAAAAGAAAGGAAAUGUAACUCAAAUCAGGCUAAUGAGAUACGAGGAAAG